UUUUCUCUUCCUCACUCAAACAAACACAUCGAAGCCUUUCAGCAGCCUCCUAAACUCUUCGACAAUGGCGGAACGUGGUGGAGAACGUGCCCCUGAGCGUGGUGGAGACCGUGGUGGUUUCUCACGUGGAUUCGGUGGCGGCGGCCGUGGAGAACGUGGAAGAGGUGGACCAAGAGGCCGUGGUGGUCGACGUGGAGGCCGGGCCACUGAAGAACAGAAAUGGGUUCCAGUGACUAAGCUCGGUCGUCUCGUGCAGGGCGGCAAAAUCCAGAAGCUAGAGCAGAUCUACCUUCAUUCACUCCCCGUUAAGGAGUACCAGAUCAUCGAUUUGCUCGUUGGUCCUAGCUUGAAGGAUGAAGUGAUGAAGAUCAUGCCCGUCCAGAAGCAAACCAGAGCUGGUCAGAGGACUAGAUUCAAGGCGUUUGUUGUCGUUGGUGACGGUAACGGUCAUGUUGGAUUGGGGGUGAAAUGCUCUAAGGAGGUUGCCACGGCGAUUAGAGGAGCAAUCAUCCUCGCCAAGCUUUCUGUUGUUCCAGUGAGGAGAGGUUACUGGGGUAACAAGAUUGGGAAGCCACAUACGGUUCCUUGCAAGGUGACUGGGAAGUGUGGAUCUGUGACAGUGAGGAUGGUUCCAGCUCCUAGAGGUGCUGGUAUUGUGGCUGCUAGAGUUCCCAAGAAGGUUCUUCAAUUCGCUGGAAUUGAUGAUGUUUUCACUUCUUCCAGGGGAUCCACCAAAACUCUUGGAAACUUCGUCAAGGCUACAUUCGAUUGCCUUCAGAAGACAUACGGAUUCCUUACACCAGAGUUCUGGAAAGAGACGAGAUUCCAGAAAUCCCCAUACCAAGAGUACACAGAUCUCUUGGCGUCCAAGGAUGUUCCUGUCAAAGUCGUGACCGAGGUUGAAGACCAAGCCUAGAUAAAGCUCCAAGCUUGUGCUCUAUUUGGAUUUAUCCUUGAUGAGUUAAUUUUGUUUGAACCUUUGGGUAGUAUAUGUUUUGCUGGAUUGUGCACCGUAUGGUUUUCAUCUCUUCCAAACGAUUUAUAUUUUGCUCAGUUUCAUUGUUAUGGAUCUUAUUACUGUUCUAGUUUUGAAAAAAGGUUUAAAUCCAGCUUUUCUUGGUUUCUGUUUAA